CAACUGUACAGCAUGUGCCUAAAAAACAAGUGCUUGACCCAUCAACGAGAUGCGGAGGUUCGUCAGUCGACAACUACGACGCCAUCUUAUUACUUUAAGGUAGAGAGAGGGAGACAGAGACAGAUAGACAAGGUUGUCAUCAUAUCUGGGAAUUAUGAGCGGAGCUAAAGCCCGCAUCGACCCGCCUGUUGCUGCUGAGAAUGUCUCAAGCGCCGGACACAGUUCCGCGGCUCCUGCGCGGGAGCGCAAGCCAAGUGGAGGGGUUCUGAAGAGACUCAAGUCUCGCCGAAGCCAGGUUGAUAGUAGGCCCGUCACAGAAGACGAUCUGCGGACACAAGUUGGCCACAUCACCCCUGAAGAGGUCCUAGGAUUGCGGGUUGCUACACGAGGGUACCUGUGUAAACCAGAGGACAACAUCUUCAACAUAGAUUUCAUUCGCUUUAAAAUCAGAGACCUGGAGACAGGGACUGUGUUGUUUGAAAUCGCCAAACCACCUCAUACGGAGGAAGACGAGGAGAAUGGAGAGGGAGACAUGAGUGCUGGACGUUUCGUACGCUACCAGUUCACAGCAGCAUUCCUACAACUGAGGACAGUGGGAGCCACAGUGGAGUUUACAGUUGGCACCCGGCCUCUGAACAGUUUCAGGAUGAUUGAGAGGCACUACUUCAGGGAUCACCUCCUGAAGAGCUUUGACUUUGACUUCGGCUUCUGUAUCCCAAACAGCCGCAAUACCUGCGAACACAUCUACGAGUUCCCUCAGCUGUCCGAGAGCUUGGUUUGUCAGAUGGUGGAACAUCCCUACGAGACGAGAUCGGACAGCUUCUACUUUGUCGACAACAGACUGGUCAUGCACAACAAGGCAGACUACGCUUAUAAUGGGGGCAGGCAUUGAGCGUGUGUGUGUGUGUGUGUGUGUGUGUGUGUGUGUGUGUGUGUGUGUGUGUGUGUGUGUGUGUGUGUGUGUGUGUGUGUGUGUGUGUGUGUGUGUGUGUGUGUGUGUGUGUGUGUGUGUGAGUGCAUGCUGUGCCCAAGCCUAUACUCACACAAACAGACUCUCCCCCAAAUGUUGAUUACUGUAAGUUAAAAAGCCUUUAUUGUCAUGGUAUAGCUGUAUAGUAUGGAAAAAGUUUAAAAACAUCAGGACAGAGCCGCAUAGAGCCACAUAGAGUACUGGCAGUAGUAUGGCAAAACUCUGCCAAUAGUGCUUUCUCUGUACCACCAAAAGGAAGCAGGUUGAACCCCAAUGAUGUGUCUCAACUAACCAAAUGGUUGAUUUUAGUGUGUAGUUAUACAGUUGAUGUACUGUGCACUCCUUGGCUUUUAAGGGAAAGCAUAUUCCCCACUUUUGUUGAACCAUGAGAAGCACUAGUUUCCCACCAAAUUCAGCUUUUUAGGAGUGAGUGAUGACCACACACACAGGCAGGCAGACAAACAAUCUUUCUCUCUUUCUCUCCCUAUUUCUAUUUCUCUCUAUCGUAACCUGCUGUGCUCAGGUCCACACUCCAGUCUGGAAAUAUAAUUAAGAUGGGAAUGGGGAAGACAUCCACGCACUCACACACUCACUGUCAAAUACACAUGCUGUGGGGGUGCUUUGCUGCAGGAGGGACUGGUACAUGUCACAAAAUAGAUGGCAUCAUGAGGGAGGAAAAUUAUGUGGAUAUAUUGAAGCAAAAUCUCAAGACAUCAGUCAGGAAGUUCAAGCUUGGUCGCAAAUGGUGGCCAUCACAAAGCCCUGACCUCAAUCCCAUAGAAAAUUUGUGGGCAGAACUGAAAAAGCGUGUGCAAGCAAGGAGGCCUACAAACCUGACUCAGUUACACCAGCUCUGUCAGGAGGAAUGGGCCAAAAUUCACACAACGUAUUGUGGGAGCUUGUGGAAGGCUACCCAAAACGUUUGACCCAAGUUAAACAAUUUAAAGGCAAUGCUACCAAAUACAAAUUGAGUGUAUGUAAACUUCUGACCCCCUGGGAAUGUGAUGAAAGAAAUAAAAGCUGAAAUAAAUCAUUCUCUCUACUAUUAUUCUGACAUUUCACAUUCUUAAAAUAAAGUGGUGAUCCUAACUGACAUAAGACAGGGAAUUUGUACUAGGAUUAAAUGUCAAGAUUUGUGAAAAACUGAGUUCAAAUGUAUUUGGCUAACGUGUAUGUAAACUUCCGACUAAUUAUUUGAGGAACAGAAUCAGAACCAGGAACGAAAGUGAUCUAUACUGUUCCGGAACAGAACCAUUAUCUGAAAAGCAUGGGAACCGGUUAAUAACAUUCUUCUUUGUUCCGAGCAUUUUUUUCCUAUUUCUACAAAAAUUGCAACAAAGCGCCUAUGCAAAGCCCUCACUCUGUUACUCAGAAACGUAUUCCUGUGUCUGCCUGCCAGCUGAAAAUCUUGCCAGUUUGUGUGUGUGUUUAGGCUACCUGCCACUUCACAACCAAAGCAUAGGUUACUGUAGCCUACUUACGACGUUAUAAGCGUGAUUCAAAAGUAGGGAGAGAGAUUUAUUUUAUUAGAGAAGAAUGGAUUAACUUUUUCAAUGCUGGUUAAGGAUACUAUAGUUAUACCGUUUCACAUUGGAUUAAUUAACUACAAAAGAUAAGACGUGUUUUUAAUUCUAGUGCUGCUCUACACACACAAGCUUGUUAGCUAAUGUUAUUUCUGGUCCAACAUUAAGCCAACUCUCUGAAGUUCAAAGACAUUCAAAGUUCCCCUGCGUAGGUAUAAUUAUACCUCCUGCGUAGGUAUAAUUCUGUGGGCCUAAUUCAGAUAAUGCAUGUCAUGACAAGAUGCCCUUCAAGCCAGGCCUCCUACACUUGUCCAUAGUGACUGACAGCACAGUGCACAGUGUGUGUGUUUGUCUUUCAUUAUGAUUAAACCAUGCUGUUACGGCAAAAGACAAUUUGCUUUUAACGACUUUCCUAUAAAGAUGAAAUAGCUUGUCCGCUCCAUUGCAAGCUGCUCUAUCCACACUGAUUGGUGAAGUAAUUUGAUGUCGAAAUAAAAGAACAGAAAGGAACUAUAUAACCAGGUGCUUUUUUGGGGUUCGAACCGGUUCAAACUUGAUUUUGCUGGUCGGAAUAGUGGAACGGACGCCCCAAAAAUGUGGAUUCUAUUCAGAACAAAACCAUUGGAAAAUCAUUUUGGUUCCAACCCCUGCUUCACAAACAAGGUGAUCAGAAGAAGUACUCGUACGUUUACAUUCAAAUCAAGUACAAAAAUCUAAAGCAGUGAAAGUCACAGGUUGUAAAAUAACUAGAACUUACAGUUUUAUGUACACAAAUAUGUCCUUUAUUUUUUGUGUCUUUGGUUGUUUUGAAAGGCACUUAAAAAAUAUAUAGCUUUAAUUUUAUUUAUAUAAACUGAGAAGACCGCUCUGAUCAGAAAUGUUUUUCACAGUCAAUAAUUAGAUAUGCAGUCAUAUAGGAUACAGUGUAUUACUCAACUCUUAAUUGUAUUAAUAUGUCAGGUUGAUACUUGUAUCAUGUUUUAAAGUAAAAUGUUGUAGUGUUUUGGAUUGUUUCCUCUAGAAACACCAAAAGCACGUGUGGCAUAAACAUUUGUGAAAUAUGUGAAAAUUUAAAGGAAUUGGUGAUUGAUCUUUGUUAGAUAGAAAUCAAAUAGUGUAUUAUUGUGUAUUUUGUUAACAACUGGCGUCCAGGAUAAAGUGUGUAGUUGUAUGAAAUAAAAAUGUCAAAAAUAAAUAAAUAAAUAUA